AGAUGAUUAACUGGAGUUGCAGUGAGUUUGUCUGCACGGAGGAUGGCUGUGGUAGGGUAUUUAACACGAGAUGGACACUAAAACGACACUCCUGGACGCACCGGCAAGACUCAAAUACGACGCAUGAUUGCAAACAAUGCAAUAAAAACUUUUCCCGCAAAGAUUCCCUGGAUCGGCACAAUCAAAUGUGUCACAGCAACAUACUGUUAAUGUAUAUGUGCUCGGUGGAAGGCUGCGGCAAGCUUUUUAGUCUUAAAUCCACGCUCCAUCGCCACAAAUCAUCGCAUACGGAAUGCUUCACUUGCGAUGAGUGCGGCAGCAGCUUUACACGCAAGGACAAUUUGACAAGACAUAAAACAAUCCAUACAAAGAAGCUGUCCAAUAAUUGCGAGAAAUUCAGCCAACCUAUAGAGAAUACCCCUAAUCUGCCGGAGGCAGAGACAAUUGCAUGCAAAGGAGGAGGCGAUCACACCUAUGCACUUUUAACAAGUUAAUUCGUGCAGUCUAUCGGAAAUCGGAAUCAAUAGUGAUGCAACACUGUGCACUGAUCUUAUCGAUAGUCAUUUUUGUAUCGCACUAAUAAAGUUAAAAAAAAAAAUUGCCUUUUGUAUAAUUAAACGCGAGUGCAUAGAAAUUUGGCAAAAUGACGAUGCGACCAGAUGAUCAUCGCAGAAAAUGGGACAAGAACGAAUAUCAAAAACUGGCACAAGAGCGCCUGCUCAACCAGACUGCACCAAAGGACGAGGAGCCAGUGCAGCGGGAAAACCUGAAGAGACGCGACUACAAGGUUGACCUGGACAGCAAAUUGGGCAAAAGCGUUGUCAUUAACAAAAACACACCUACCUCACAAUCGGGCGGCUACUAUUGCAAUGUUUGCGACUGUGUUGUCAAGGAUUCCAUCAAUUUUCUGGAUCACAUCAAUGGCAAGAAACACCAGCGUAAUCUGGGCAUGUCGAUGAAGGUGGAGCGCAGCACCGUUGACCAGGUGAAAGAUCGCUUUCAGCAAAACAAACAGAAAAUGGCCGAGAAGCAAAAAGACUACGAGCUGGAGAAGCGGCUGCGCGAGGCCAAAGAGGAGGAGGAUCGCUACAAGGAGCACAGAAAAGAGAAGCGAAAAGAGCGCAAACGCAAGGCCGAGGAGAACGAUGAGUUUGCGGCCGGCCUGCCCGACGACAUGGCCGCCAUAAUGGGCUUCUCCGGGUUCGGCGGCUCCAAGAAAAACUCAUAGGCCUUCGCUUAAACCGUGUAAUUAUUAAUAAUAGAACAUAGAAAUAGAAACAUUUUUCUACCAACGAAA